AUGUCGUCGACGUGCAUUUUAAAAGCUCUUUGCUUGUCCUCUCUCCUCAGCCUCACCGGUGCGGACUUGGGGAACACCAUCGAUGUUGCAGGACGUCAGCGAAUGCUCUCUCAGCGAAUGUCCAAAGAGUUUGUUUUGGUUUCUUUAGGCCUUGAUCCUGAAGGGAACAAGAAGAAACUGCACGGAAGCAUCAAGCUAUUCAACGACAGCCUGAAUGACAUGAUCCAUGGCAACGAGGAACGCAACAUCUCCAGACCGCCGAAUGAUCUUGUGGCCAGCAACCUACAAGAUGUGGUGAACCGCUGGGUCCCGUUUGCCGACGUGCUGCUAAGCAACGUGGAUCAUGUUCGAGACUUCGCUGGUCAAGCGAAGGUGAAGGUUCUUAAAGAUGUGGCUGCCGGCAACGAACCGCUCCUUGUGCAGGCCAACAUCGUGGUUGGGAAUCUGGCUCAGGCCGCAAGGUCCGCCAACAUGCAGACGAACGGCUUCGUGGUGGACCUUGCCGGCCGCCAGCGGAUGCUCAUCCAGCGCAUGUGUAAGAAUGCCUUUCUGAUCGCCUCGGGUGUGCACGUGACUUCGGCCGUGAGCUCGCUGGCAGCGGAUCAGAAGCUGUUCUACUCCUCCCACAAGGGCAUCAUGCGGGGCGCUGAUUGGGCCGGCGUGCCUCCUUUAGUGAAGGUGUGCACCAUGCAUGAGAUGAGCAGGGUCACUUACUACUACGACCUCUUCGCCUCUCUGAUUUCGGAGGUCUCACCUGCACUGCCAGUUCAGCAGAACAUCGAGACCGCGCAUCGCCUUGCACAAGAGCUCGAAGAAAGGAGCGGGCCCCUUUUCAGUGCCAUGGUGGCGGCAGUGAGCCUCUAUGUCAACGACCCAGGGACCUGCAACCCCUUAGAUUCCAUGACGGCCUCCAGCUGGCGGAUCCGGAUCCUGACUACAGCCACUGUCAUGGCCGACUCGCAGAUGACCGUCGCCCACUUCUUGGAGCUCUCCAACGUUGUGGCCGUCCAGCAGAGCAUCGUCGACCUCAUUGUUGGGGUGAGCACCAUCUCCACAAGCCUAACCAACUUGAUUGAGGGCAACAAGGCGGAGAGCAUCGAGGCUCCCCCCACCCAGUCGCUCCUGGAUGACCUCCGCGACGCGAAGUCUUUGUGGGAGCCACUGGAGGAGGACUUGCGGAGGGCCAUAACUUCCACCGAGAUCCCGGUUUCGGCGGCCAGGAGGGUGUCCUCGCUCUCCCAGGAAUUUCAGGACAAGUUAGAGGCGGUGAGGGCUCGCCUCGUGGAACAAGCGCUCAGCCUCGAAGGCGACUUCCCUGAAGACAUCCAGGCAGUCUCUGAGGCCCCGCUUCAGUCCGUUCUGCUGGCCAAGAUGACCACGCAGGUGAACCUGAUCUUUGCUGAGGCCAAGGAGGGUCACGGGGGCAACGCGGAGAUCGCUGAAAGCAACCGCGUGCUCUUCAACUCCACGCGGGAUGCGUUCCUGAAAGGCCACCGGUCGAUCCUCAUGGGUUCUCCGCCGGCUGAUGGAAAGCCGGCACGGAUGAGAUUGUCUUCCGUUUGCGGAGUCCAGCAGAUGCUGAAGGUCCAUCGCAGCUUCGGCUCCUACCUCCAGGAGAGUGAGGCGGCAAUGGCUGGAAGCCGCAAAGCUCUGGAGAUGUUGAGCUUGUCAACCAGGACCAUGUACGAGCUCACAAGCUCGAUUGCCCGGUCCCUUGUGAGCAGCGACAUUCUGCCCUGCCAGAACGACUCUCUCACUGCUGACAGUUGGCUCGAGAUGGUUGUUGCGAUCGGAGACUUGCGUGCCUUUAGCCAAGAAGCUUGCACCAUGUACCUUAUCUCCUCUUCAGCAGGCUCUGCGGAAACCGCCAUCUUGGCUGUCAAGGAGAAGGUCUUGCAGAAGCUCCAGGGCAUCUUGUACGGGUCGUACACGCUCCCGGCCCCUUCAACUCAGGCAAUCUUUGAGAAGCUCGUUGAGACCGUUGAGCCUCCCGUCCUUGCGUUUGCCGAGUCGUUGCGGCCUGAAAGUGGUGGAAGCGACACCACCGCGGUCCUGAAGAGCCUGGAGGUCAUCACAGCUCUGAACUCGGCCCAAGACCUUUACCUUGCCGAGGCCACAAGAGCCCACCCCGGCGUCCCUGCCUCCCGCGUGGACGCCGCCUGCCGGCAGAUCUUGCUCGCACAGAAGGCCGUGCGCGAGGCCGUGAUGUUCAGCUACGGCCACCUGACUUCGAAGGAAGCUUCCUACAAAACCAUGUCAGAGUUCAUGCAACUCCAGCAAGACUUGAACCUGGGAGGAAGUGGUCUCCCCCCCAUUGUGCCACAGAGACCUGACUUGUUGGCCCAAUGGGCCAAAGUGGAGUCGGCGUUCUCGAAACUCAAGAACUCGCUGGAGAACGACGUGGCUUCCAUGUUGGUGAGUCGGGAUAGCCUGAUUGCGGAGCUUGAAACCAUCAGGGAUCUCUACAAGAUUCCCGACCAGGUCGACCACACGGAUCAGCUUCCUGUGAUGUUCAUUGCGUACGGCAUCAUGGGCUGCAUGUUUUGUGGUUGCACCUGGGCGGCAGUAUGCUGUCAUCUGCGGACCAGCCGAAGAUCUGCGACCGAGAGCGCUCGGAAACAGGUGGGCUUCGGGGGCAGCCAGGCGUAA